AUGGCAUAAACUGAAAUAAGCAAAUCAUUUUUCACUCCAUUUAGCUCGGAUGAUGGUUACUAUAUUUAUGAUAUUAUUAGAUUGGAAGGCGUGUUAAGCCCUUUCUUCAAAUUAUAUUACAAAUUGUGGAACUUCAAUCAUUUUUGGGGGACUUAAUAUUUUUGAUUAUUAAACAACAAUCACAAAGACCUUUAUUCUACCCCCUCACUAUAAAUUGAAGAUCGAAUUCAAAUUCUGGAGGUACCUUUACUUAUAUGUAGAUUGACUCCAUGGAGUGGAUCGGUUUACAAUUUCUAUAUUGAUGGGUUUAAAGCUUAUAAUGAUAAUCCAAAUACAUCUACAGGUACUCAAAUAUGUGGUAUUGGCACUGUUGGAGAAGUUUAUUAAAUUAGUAGAGAAAUCGAUCAUAAUGGCAACAGUGCUAUAGCUACAUUAAUUUCACAUUAGGUUGGUGCAUCAUGGGGGAUCUCUGAUUUCAUAAUUUACGUUUAAAAAUGUCCAGAAGGAUGUGAUUUCUGUGAUUUAACUGGAAACUGCUAAAAUUGGAAUAGAGUGCUGGCGUAUUUUAAUACAAUUUUUUUCUCUGACGGAUAAGGAUGGGAAAGAGAUAAUUUUGAAUUUAGUGGUACUCAAUAAUGUGGAAGUAUUUAAGUAUUAUAAUUAGGUUUUUAUUUUUAUGGCUAAUUUUUAAUGUCUGAAAUGAUUUCAAUUGAGUUAAAUUUACCUGAUCCACAUACAAAGUAUAAGUUUUAAUUUAAAUUUUUAUGUGCAUAUAUUACAGGUUCUAUUACAAUAAAGGUAUAAGCGAAUAAUGUAGUACUAACUAAUACUGCAUUUCCUUUAAAUAUUAUCACAACUUCUAAUAACAUAUGUGGGUCAUAUUUCAAAUUAGAUAAAAUUGCUUUAGGAGAAUUUUUUAGUACAGACUCAAUAUUGACUAUUACUAUUGAAAUUUCAGCGUUUUCUACAGUAUCUGCUGCUAUUCCAUUUUAUGGUAUAAGAGAUUUUGAACUAUUUACAGAUGCAGAAAAAAAACAGGUUUUAGAUGGAAGUAUUAUUUGCAACGAUGGAAAUAUAUAUGCUUUUGAUGGUUGUUUUUCUUCAAUAUAUGAUUGUCAUGAAGGUUGCAAUAAUUGUGUCAAGGGUCUAUGCACUUAAUGUUUGACCCCUUGGAAAUUAAAUACAAUAUCUGGAUAGUGUUUGCCUAAUUGUGGAGAUUAAAUUGUUGUGCCUUAAGAAGAGUGUGAUGACGGAAACUAGAUCCCUUAUGAUGGUUGUUAUGAGUGUAAGUUUUCAUGCCCUUUAAAUUGUAUUUCUUGUUAAUUUGGUUAAUGUUUGCUUUGUAAUUCAUUAUAUUAUUUAAUUAAUAAUCAAUGUGAAUUUACUUGCUAUAAUGAAAAUAAUGAAAGUAUAUAUGAGUAUUCUGUCUAAAAAUAGGAAGGAAAUUAUUGUUAAAUUUUUAAUUUUUUGUCUAAUUUGUAUAUUUAAAAUGUAGUAAUAAAUACAGAUAUUGAUAUUAUAUCUUAAUAAGAUACAAUUCAAUGUACAAUUGAUAAUUAUGGAAUUUUUGCAUAUUAAUAUAACAUAUGCUAUUUUGAGACAUCCUAAAAUUGUAAAGUUUCCUUUUUGAAUAUAUGUUAGAUUUGUUAGGACAAUUUUUAACUUAAUAAUAAUAAUUUAUGUAUUCCAGAAUGCGGAAAUGGAAUAGUCUAAGAAUAUGAAUUUUGUGAUGAUGCUAAUAUUGAAUAAUUUGAUGGAUGCUAUUAAUGUCAAAGUAAUUGCUAAUUAGAAUGUUUGUAAUGCAGUUAUUCUUAAUGUUUUUAAUGCAUAGAAGGAUGGAAUUUAAUUGAUUUUAAAUGUGUCGCUACAUGUGGGGAUGGUCUAAUUGCUUUGCUUUAAUAAGAAUAAUGUGAUGAUUAAAAUGAUGAGAGCAAUGAUGGAUGUUUUGAAUGCAAAUUAGAAUGUAGUUAGAAUUGCUAAUUUUGUAAUAAAAAAUUGGAUUGUGUAUAAUGUGAAAAGUAUUUUGAAAUUAAAAAUUAUAUAUGUGUUCCAAUUUGUGGAGAUGGAAUAGUGGUAGAAGGAUUUGAAUAAUGCGAUGACGGAAAUAACAUUCAAUAUGAUGGUUGUUAUGAAUGUUAAUUUUCCUGCAAAGAUGAAUGUUAAAUUUGCAAUAAAGAUAAAUGUUUAGAUGAUCCAUAGACUAUUUUAUGUGAAAUAGGAUAUUAAUUAAUUGAUAACUAAUGUCAUUCAAUUUGUGGAGAUUCAAUAAUCACAUCAAAUGAAUAAUGUGAUGAUGCUAAUGAAAUACCUUUUGAUGGAUGCUAUUAAUGUUAAUUUUCUUGUUCAUAAUAGUGCUUAAAUUGUAUAGAUGGAUAAUGUUUAAAAUGUGAACUUGAUUAUGAAAUUCAGAAUAAUAUUUGUAUAGAUAUUUGUGGCAAUGGUUCUAAAUCAGAAUUAGAAGAAUGCGAUGAUAAUAAUUAAGUAUCUCAAGAUGGAUGUUCUGAUAAAUGUGAAAUUGAAAUUAAUUGGUAAUGCACACAAAUUAAUUUUAAGACUAGUUAAUGUCUUUAAAUGAAACCUCCUAAACUUAAUUUAAUAUAUUUAAAUUAAACUAAUGACUCAUAAUUCAUUUAAUUGUAAAUUACAAGCAAAGUCAAAUUACAAAAUUCUGAAUAAAACUUCACCGACAAUUUGA